AUGAUUACCUUCAAACACUUCCUCCUAGCCUUACUAGCUGGCACCAGUAUAGCCACUCCCCUCUCAGUCCGCCAAAAUGACGCACAGAUUGAUUCGAUCAUUGCUGCCGCAAAUAUACCCAAAUACGUCCCUCCAACCUUGAAUAGGGACAUAACAGACUGGCUUGCUAUCGGCGACUCAUUCUCUGCAGGUAUAAGUGCCGAUGUCCCAGCUGACGAACUCAACUGGUCCUGCAGUCGUUUUAAACAAUCCUACCCUAAUCAAAUGAACAACAACCAACGGCUCCCGGGCCAUUCUACUUCACGCACCUUCGUCUUUGGCUCUUGUAGUGGUGGUAAGAUGGAAGAUGUGAUAAAAGACCAGAUUACACUCGGAAAUCCCGUUCUGGCCGAUAAUAAUCCUAAGAUCGGAAAACCACAAAUAGGAACUAUAAGUAUCUCUGGAAACGACCUUGGUUUUGGUGAAAUUGUUAAUGCAUGCUUAUACCAUUGGACCGGUUACGGGGAUUGCACAGCGCUUCUCAAAGCCGCGCACGCUAAACUUGAUGAUCCUGGUAAAGCGUUUGAGUAUGAAGUCCUUGAUGUCUUCUCCAAGGUGAUGGCGCGAGCCAGGAGUGCAAAUUCAAAUUUUCAGCUGUAUAUUACUGGUUAUGUUGAGUUCUGGAAUGCUGUCGAUACACAAUGCGACACAGUCAGCUGGACCACGUGGCCAAGGGAAAAGACAUAUCUAACUACGGUGCUUCGUGAAGAUAUGAACUCGAUCGUAACCAAACUUAACACCGUUCUCGAGGAUGCAGCAAAUAAUCUAAAUAGGAUCGAUGGUGGCGUUUACUACGUCGGCGGAUGGCAGGACAAGUACAAUGGGCACCGAUUCUGCGAGCAUGAAGAUGACCCUUCAUACCACGAAAAGCCGAUCGAUCCAAAGACAUGGUUUAUUCACUACCAGAGCCCUUAUAAGGAUUCGUCCACAAUCACCGGCUUUGGCUCGGGUUCCUUCUUCGACCAAGUUGACUCGAUCUUGAUUCCAGAAAAGAAUGGAGUCUCAACAGCAGACCAACUCACAGCUGUCAACGGAAACGCCUCGGCCAUCAAUCCUGCAUAUGAUAGUGUUGACUCGAUGACCGCAGCUCUAACAAAGCUCGGACAAGACGAUCCAGAUAAAUACUCGGUCCUACCUAUCACAUGGAUCCGUAUCAUGCAUCCCAAAGGCUCAGGUUAUGCUGUCAUGGCUGAUGCUGUGAUUGACAGCGUGCUACAGUUCGGCGCAUCAGGAGCAGGCACGGCGACACCAUUGCCAGCACCGGUGACAUCCUGCGCUAGUUCUGACACUAAUAAUAACAAUAACAAGUUCAUCGGUCGGGAUGACCUGAAUGACAAAAUUAAGACGUUCUGCGUCGACGCUGCUAAGCAAGGCGUGCAGGAUAGUAAUAGCGGAUCCAUAUUCCGUAAAUACAAUACUGGAACGCGAUACGAGGUUGAUAUUUCCAUGACCUGGCCGUCGGGCGUUGAUAUAAAGACAGACAUGCAAGACAAUUGUGAGAGCCGAAUGGCAGCUAUCAUGGAUAGCUGCGACUCAGACAAAAACCCACUGAAUUGGAAACGCGGUGGCAGCUUCGGUGCAGACCAGAUUCAGUACCAAAUCACCCCCCAGAUAGACCAAGGCUACACACCUGGAACCUGCAGCUUCCAUCUCCAAGAAGACGAAUCCUGGUCUGGCGUUGACGGCCCUGGCACCGAGCGCCACUGGACCUACCACAUCGAGAAAGACACGAUGAAGGACAACGCCGGGAACACUAUCGGCACAGAGGGGUUUGCGAGCGAUGGCACAGACGGGAGUCCUGAAAAAGCAGGCGAUGGAAAUCCCCUGAAGUGGAGCACGAAGAUACCAGAUCAACUUGUUCUUACGCCGGAAGCGGGGGGCAAUCCGAGGGAUUAUAUUCAGUUUACAGUUGGGUCGCAGAGUUGGACUACAGACAAUCAGACAGGAAUGCCGUAUUGCAAUGUUGGUGGUUGGAGUUCCAACUAUAGCCCUGCAAACCGUAAUAUGGACUGUUUUUUUAAUUGUUAA